AUGGCAUCGUUUAACUUUCUCGUUUUGUUAUUGAUUUUUAGUUUUUGUAGAUUUGGAAACUUGCAAAGGCUACAUGAGAAAAUAUACUCGUCAAUUGAGGGAGGAGCAGCAUGUUUCAGACGAUUAAAUGGAACACAUCAAACAGGGUGUUCAUCGGCUGACAAUGGUGCUGUUGGUGUUGUACAUAUGAUAAAAGAUGUUACUGAUGCCCAUUGGUUGAUGGAAAAUGCCACUGCUGGUCCCUACAUGGCUGUUGUGAGCACUGGUCUGUUUUAUGAUGUUUUUGACCUACUCUUCAAACAGCCAGAUUUAAUUGCUGGUAUUCUAUUAUAUGACAAUGCUACGAAAAGUGCUCCCCAAUUUAGUCAGGAUAUGAGUUGUCCUAAUGACUAUUCAGCAGCUGAAGGAAGUUCCUGUUCAGCUGGUGAAGUUGUAUGGAACCCCAAAGGCACAGGACUUUUACGAAGAGACAUACCAUUUCCCAUAUUUUACUUGCCUGAGUCUAGAUCACAGGAGAUAGAUAAAAUAGAUGAAUGCUAUCAAAGGUAUAAUACCGACAAGAACAAUCAGAAAGGCAGGCCACUGUGUUCAGUACAGUUACAUUCAUUUAUGUUUGCAGCGGUGAACACUGAAGUAUGCUUGAGAAGAUCAGCAUCUUCCGCUUUGUUAACACCUACGAAGGUGUGUGAUCCCUUGGGUGAUUACAAUGUCUAUUAUUCUCUCUUUCCUAGGACAAAAGACAUAAAGAAUAAAAAAGUUACUUUAGUGACUGCAAGGAUUGACACAGCCUCCCUAUUUGAUGGCGUGUCUCCUGGUGCAGCUAGUUCCGUCGUUGGUAUGGUGACCUUACUGACAGCAGCCACAACGCUUUCUCAAAUGAUACCUAUUCAGGAUGCAAACUUAUAUGAUGAAAAUAUUUUAUGGACACUUUUCAAUGGUGAAGCAUUUGACUAUAUCGGGUCCCAACGAGUGGCGUAUGAUAUCAGUAAAGGCACGUGGCCAGCCGCAGCUCCUCUUACAGUGGAUGAUAUCAACUUACAUGUAGAGAUAGGCCAGAUAGGAGGUGCUCUGACUAAACUUGAGCUUGCCUGGCCUCUGUACGCGUUCAUACCUUAUACUAAUGUUGUGCCUGAGAUUAAUGAAUUUGUGAAUACAUUGGGGAGCAACCUUCAACACAAUAUAUCAAUAAAUACCGAGUUCUCGACACAUUUCCCGCCAUCUUCUCUGCAUUCCUUCCGUAGAAUUCUUAAAAAUGAAACAGAGAGUGCAGCCUUACCUGAGGUGUUGAUUACUGACCAUAACGCUGAAUUCAGUAAUUUGUUUUACAAUUCGGCACUGGAUGGUUUUGAUAAGAUUGAUUUUGAGUAUCGUAAUAUUACUGUUGACAGAAAUGGAACAUUUUUGUCCACCGAUGCACUACUGGCAAAUGGAACAAUGAAAGAGGUUGACACACAAGUGAAGAUCGCGCGGCUAGCAACAGCCGUCGCUCGAACAAUGUAUCAAAGAGUUGCAGGAAAACCAUAUAGUGGUAACAUUACUGCUUCAGCACAUUUGGUGGACGAGAUACUGUACUGCUUCCUGCGGAGCCAGGCGUGCCGGCUGAUAAUGGCGGCGGACUACGCGUCGAGCGGCGGCGCGGAGGAGAAGCCGCCGGAGCGCGCGGCGCCGCUGUACGUGGGCGUGGCCACGUGGGCCUCCACGCCGCCCGUGUUCGCGGCGCACCUGUUGGCCUUGCUCACCGGCACCGCGCUGUCUGCCAACCGCACGCAGUGCGAUGCACUCGACGUACCGGGAUUUUCGCAAUAUUGGCUAAGAGGGUGGAACCAUAGUGGAGUCUGUAUGCAGACUACUAUGAACAUCAGUGCUGCCAUCAGCCCUGCGUUCAUCAUCGAAGAUUACGACUUGAAGUCGGGCGUGUACUCGACGUGGACGGAGUCGGUGUGGCAGGCGAUGUGGGCGCGCGUGUUCGUGCGCGCGAGCGGCGCGGGCGCGGGCGCGGCGGCGGCGGCCGGCGCCGUCGCCACGCUACUCGCCGCGCUGCUCACCUACUGGCUGCAGCGACACGCCGCCACCAUAUUCUCCAACGCACCCCAGCACUCCAUUGUCAACGAUGAUGCCGCCUCUGGCAUACUAAGGACUGUCAACUGUUGA